AUGAUUAAUUAAUACACAAUUUCCGGGACGCGCACGCAAAUCAUUAAAACUAAUAGUUGAAACUGAUCUUUAUGCCUAUUUAAGAUACCGAUAAUGUGUUAUUUUGCGUAAUAGAGGCUCAAUCAGUAAACGCUAAACAUGAUUAAGUUACUUCUUUUCACGGUUGUAAUCGUAGCGGGGGUUGUAAGCGCAAAGGAACAAGUUGCACAACCGUCUCAGCACUAUGAGAGCACCGACUACAUAAGACACUACGAACCAUACUCGUAUCCAGUCCACCAUGACAGAAGAGAUAAUAGACACGACAGACACCAUCAUGACCGCGACCGCGACCAUUCGCACAGACAUAGAGGCCACGAUGACCGUCACCACCGUGACAGGCACGAUCACCGCGACAGACACGAAUACAUUCCAUACCAUCCACACACUCCGUAUGUAGUUCCAAAAGUGGAAGUCAAUUAUUUGAACCAUGGCCUUGGACACAAUAGCUAUUCGCGAUCUGGGCAGUAUCAUGACAAUCACGUGUCUAUAGUGCCUAAGCCCUACGUCCCUCCAGUGCAUCACACCCCGUACGUAGAAAGGAAUUACGCCACACCAAACUAUGGAAACAGCCAUUAUUCGUAUCCUUAUGCGGAACGGAAAUAUGAAAAUAACUAUGGAUACAGCUACCCUGCAAGAGACUACAUUCCUGUCAAAGAACCUGAAGUCGAACCAUACUAUUACAAUCCCUAUGGUGUCAGUAGUUACGACUAUAGAGGCUAUGACAGUUACUAUUAAAUAAAUAAAACCUGAAACAAAUUAUUUACAUUGUAUAUCAAGGCCAGCUUUUUUAUUAUUAUUA